CUCUUGUUCUUCUUUUCUCCCUCAUCAUCUACUACUGUCUGCAACCUCUCCUUCUCUUUCUUUUUUCAUUCCUGCCAUCUUCUAAUUCUUCUUCUCAAACACUUCCUCUUCGACCACCGCCGAGUACGCCCUUCUCUCUCUGCUCUUAACUAAGUUAUUUAUCGACAACCCAGUAUUUUAAUUUCAAAUUGAUCUUGGAAUUGAAAAUACUAGUUUAUGCUGUUACCAAUUCGGCUGUUCAACAUGCUCAAUAAGAGUAAAAUAUUGUCAGCAAGUAUUAAGAAGAGUUGAGAUACAACAGCAAAACUGUGGGUGGAAAUUGUGAUAGGAUUUCUUCCAACUAUUCAGCUUUUAUCUAUGUUAUAGAAUAGAUAUUAGAGAAUCUCAUGAGUCUUCAAAUGAUCGUAUCUUCAGUGGCUCCGCCGGCUGCUGUCGGUUCUGGAAGUGCGUCGUAUAAAGAGAGGUUUGCCGCCGGAGGCCUCACUUCAGCUUCCAAAGAGCUCUCUUCUUUGCCCUCCACCUUUUUUCCCCUCCAAAAGACACAGACUAGUAAAGAUUUUGCAGUUCCAAGGCGGAAAGCAAUGGCAUUGAUUCUAUCAGGUUUCAUCUAUUCUCAAGCUGGCACGUGCGAUAAUGCUUUUGCACAAUCUAUUGCAUUCAGGGAAUAUAUAGAUCAGUUUGAUGGCUACACAUUGAAGUACCCUCCGAAUUGGAUUCAAGUCCGUGGUGCUGGUGCCGAUAUAUUCUUCAGGGACCCUUUUGUUCUUGAUGAGAACAUAUCAGUGAACAUAUCUUCACCUUCAUCAUCAAAGUACAAAAGCGUGAAAGAUUUAGGUUCACCGGAAGAAGCAGGGAAGAAAGUACUGAGACAAUAUUUGACCGAGUUCAUGUCCACGAGACUUGGUGUGAGGCGUGAAUCACGUAUUCUUUCUACCUCGUCAAAAGUAGCUAGCGAUGGAAGGCUAUACUAUGAAGUUGAAGUGAACAUAAAGUCAUACGCGAACAACAAUGAAUUGGCUGUCAUGCCUGAGGACCGAGUGGCACGCCUGGAGUGGGACCGUCGUUAUCUUUCAGUACUUGGGGUUGAGAACAACCGACUGUACGAGCUAAGAUUGCAGACGCCGGAGAAGUCGUUUGUAGAAGAAGAAAAUGAGUUGCGUGAGAUUAUGGAUGCUUUCAGAGUUAACACAGUUGCUGCUUGAGAUAGAUCCCUUUUGAACUGUAACUACUAUUAUUUCUACCAUUUAUAGACGCAGGUCAUUGUGAGGAUUAAUCUGUGAUGGUUGCUUCCUUGUUAAGUAUCGCAGCUGCCUUCUGUGUAAACUUGAUUUGUACUUAAACUAAACAUACGGUGUUUACUGUCGUAGAUUCCUAGUAUGGUUUUCCAAUAUUUGAGUGAGAUUUCAAACAAA